AUUUCUUCUUUCUUUUCCAAGAUCAGAGAAAGGCCAAGAGCCUUCCUCACAAUUCUCAUGAACUGUGGAAUCGUGUUGGGUUUCUAUUGUUGGGAUUGGGAGUUCUUAAAUUCCCUCCUUCUCUUCUCCCCUUGUAGGAGCUCCUCUUCUUCCUCAGUUUUAUAAAUUUUCUCUCCUCUAGCUUUACUGUAAAUAUAUAGAAAAUAAUUAAAGACCAAACCAUGGCUCAGGCAAUCACUGAGGAACAUGAGUUUGAUAAGAGUCUGUUAGAAUAUGUUAGGAGAUCUUCCCCACCACCUUUCUUGUCCAAGACUUAUAUGCUCGUCGAAGAUCCAAGCACCGAUGAAAUAAUCUCAUGGAACUCCGAUGGAUCUUCUUUUAUAGUAUGGAAACCGGCGGAGUUUGCAGGUGAUCUCCUUCCAACACUCUUCAAGCACUCCAAUUUCGCAAGCUUCGUUCGACAACUCAAUACUUAUGGAUUCCGAAAAGUCACAACGAACCGGUGGGAGUUUUGUAAUGACAUGUUUCGAAAGGGUGCAAAGGAGUUAUUAUGCAAAAUUCGGCGAAGAAAGGCGUGGACUAAUAAGGGUCAUAACGCAUCUGCACCAACUGAGAUUGCUCCACAGGAGUCUGAUGAAGAUGGAGGGUCGACAUCGUCGUCUUCGUCGGGUUACAGCAUCAUCUUUAAUGAAAAUAAGAGACUGAAGAUGGAGAAUGGAGCCUUGAGUUCAGAGCUGGUGAGUAUGAAGAAGAAGUGUCAAGAGCUUCUUAAUUUGGUGGCUAUUUUUACUGGUUCAAGGAAUGAUAAAGAAGAAGAUAAAAGGCCUAAGCUUUUUGGAGUAAGGUUGGAGGUUAUUCCAAUGGAGAGGAAGAGAAAGAGGGGAGAGAUUUGUGAGAGUUAAUCUCCAGAGAUGAUUUAAUUAUCUUAAUCAUGCAAAUAGUAAUGUGUAUUAAUUUAAAGAAGUAAGCCACUCACAAGCAAGUGUCUUAGGAUCUUAUGCAAUUAUCUAAUUGGGAAUGCCAAGAUGAUGGUAAUUGAAAUCUCAGCUAACCAUGUCUGUUUGUAUAUCCCAAAUUAAAGCAUUAAA